CUUAUUGAUUAAUCAAUUAUUCGACCAGCUGUCAUAGUAUAUUAUAUAUGUAUUGGCUAUAAACUACCGAUUAAUAAAUUUCCGGCCGACUAGCCAACUACUUUUCCUUCCUCCACAAAAAAAAGCAAAAAAAAUGGCAGAUGCAAUGUCUGAAAAUUCAUGGUCUGAUUCUCUUCAGCCAUUGGAAUUUGAGAAGAGCGUGAAAGAUGUAGCAGAUUCUUCAUGUCUGAAAGCCGUCCCUUCCAAAUUCAACUUCACUAAUGAGUCCUCUGCUUUCACUGCCGACGCACUCCCCGUCGUCGAUUUCUCCGCCCUUAGCUCCGGCGAUCCUCAUCAACGGUCCAAAGCAAUCGACCACCUCGCCACAACGUGUCAGGAAUGGGGCUUCUUCAUCCUUGUGAAUCAUGGGAUACCUGAGAGCUUGAUGAAUGCUACGCUAACAGCCGUAAAAGAAUUUUUCUAUUUGCCUGAUUCUGUGAAGAAGCAGUUCGAAGCGAAAAGCGUUUUAGAUCCCAUUCAAUGUGGCAAUUUAAAGGUGACGACUGCUUCAAACCAGAGCUUCACUUUAUGGAGGGAUUACCUUAAGCUCUGUGUGCAUCCCCAAUUUCACUGCCCUCACCAACCGUACCUCUUGAGGGAAGCUGUGAUGGAUUACAGUGAAAGAAUCCGAAAACUGUGUAGAAAGCUAAUGGAAGCCAUUUGUGAUGCUGUGGAAUUGGAUCAACAAUAUAUGGAUCAAGUUUUAGAGAUGGAUUCGACUUCUCAAAUAUUUGUUGGAAAUUAUUAUCCACCAUGCCCUCAGCCUGAUCAAGCAAUUGGCAUCCCACCGCAUACUGAUACAGGUUUAUUCACAUUUCUCAUAAAUAAUGGAGUUGUGGGUCUACAAAUUCAGCAUGAUGGCAAGUGGUUCGACGUCCAUUAUCCUCCAAAUUCAAUUUUGGUUAAUGUCGAUGACCAUCUAGAGAUUUUCACAAACGGAAGGUGUAAGAGUCUGAAUCAUAGAGCUGUGGUGAAUAAGGAGAGAGAGAGAGUUUCCGUCGCAAUACUGAAUGGACCGUCGUUUGAGGCGGUCGUCGGCCCGGCUGCGCCGCUGGUGGAGAAGGAUGGCCGUGCAAUGUACAAUUCUAUGAAGUAUAAAGACUUCUUGGAGUUGAAACUGACAAAAUCCCGCCUUGGCGACAAAUCCUUCUUGGAAAAACAAAGGACAUAGUCCAAGACAACUUGACCAACAACUUAUCUAAAGACAACGAGAUGCAACUCAGAUGAUAUGAGCUUCCUCUUCAACGACUAGAUUGGGAGUUCGAGUCAUCACGAAGAAAAAAUGAUGAUCAUUACCUAAAGACUGAGAAUGGUUUAUAUUUACGAUAUAUCUCACUGCUUCUCUUUUUCAAGUAAAAAUAAAAUAAAAAUGGAUGAAUUCCAUGGUUUGUACCA